AGGCUAAAGAAUAUUCAAUAACUAAGGGAAGUAAUAUCACUAAUAUAUAUGGAAUAUCUCAAAAUCCAGAUACAAAAGAUUAUAUUUUGAUUCUUGAUUAUGCAAAGGAUGGAAAUUUUAAUAAUUGGAUGAAUGAAAAUUAUGAAUAUUUCAUCUGGCAAAAUAAAGUGUCUGUAUUACGUAAGAUUAUUAAUGGUCUUACUGAAAUCCAUCAAAAACAAAUAGUUCAUCGUGAUUUUCAUUCUGGAAAUAUAUUAUUUUUAAGUAGUAUAGAUGAUUUUAGAAAUUAUAUAUUAAUUUCAGAUAUGGGAUUAUGUGGAGAAGUUGGUAAUGUAGAAGAAAAAAAUAUUUAUGGAGUUAUGCCUUAUGUAGCUCCUGAAGUAUUAAGAGGAAAAGCCUUUACUCAAGCAGCAGAUAUCUAUAGUUUUGGUAUGAUAAUGUAUUUUAUUGCAACUGGAAGACAACCUUUUUACAAUCGUGCACAUGAUAAAUUUCUUGCAUUAGAUAUUUGUAAUGGAAAUAGACCUGAAUUAAAUGAGCCAGAAGCACCAAAAUGUUAUAUUGAUUUGAUGAAAAGGUGCUUAGAUUCAAAUCCUAACAAUAGACCAAAUCACGAUACAAAGUUGUUAGCAAUCAGAUGAUCUAAAUUUCAUAGUGUUGUUUAUUGUGAUUGGCCGUUGUAAUAAUAAGUUGUAUUCCAAAAAAGGAAGGAAGUAGGUCCUAAUUUGGUUAGCAAAUAUGGCAAAACAGGGUCCGUUUUUAUAUAAAAUAUAUAUAAACAUAAUUGAAAUUUCGAUUCAUUGCAAUGAAUUUCAAUUUCAAUUUCAAUUUCAAUAUAUCAAUUGAUUGUUU